GCGCAGGCGCUGUGGGUCUUCGGCGCGGACCGCGCAGACUGAAUAAUAAAAGGGGAGCGGCGAAGAGGCAGGAAGACAAGACCAUGUCGAAGGGCCCCGGGCCCGGCGGCUCGGCAGCUUCCUCGGCGCCCCCGGCCGCUACCGCUCAGGUGCUGCAGGCGCAGCCCGAGAAACCGCAGCACUACACGUACCUGAAGGAGUUCCGCACAGAGCAGUGUCCGCUCUUUGUGCAACACAAGUGUACACAGCAUCGGCCCUACACCUGCUUCCACUGGCACUUCGUGAACCAGCGGCGCCGCCGUUCCAUCCGCCGUCGGGAUGGCACCUUUAACUACAGUCCAGACGUGUACUGCACCAAGUACGACGAGGCUGCAGGCCUCUGUCCAGAGGGCGACGAGUGCCCAUUCCUGCACAGGACCACAGGGGACACUGAGCGCAGGUACCACCUUCGCUACUAUAAAACUGGAAUCUGCAUCCAUGAAACAGACUCAAAAGGCAACUGCACCAAAAAUGGCCUGCACUGCGCUUUUGCCCACGGCCCACAUGACCUCCGCUCCCCUGUUUAUGACAUCAGGGAGCUCCAGGCCAUGGAGGCCUUACAGAAUGGCCAGACGACAGUAGAGGGCAGCAUAGAAGGGCAGCCAGCUGGGGCUGCAAGUCAUGCCAUGAUAGAAAAAAUCCUCAGUGAGGAACCUCGGUGGCAAGAGACUGCUUAUGUCCUGGGGAACUAUAAGACAGAGCCAUGCAAGAAGCCACCACGGCUGUGUCGUCAGGGCUAUGCCUGUCCAUACUACCACAACAGCAAGGACCGGCGGCGGAGUCCCCGGAAGCACAAAUACAGGUCAUCUCCGUGUCCAAACGUCAAACAUGGGGACGAGUGGGGAGACCCUGGCAAGUGUGAAAAUGGAGACACCUGCCAGUAUUGUCACACCCGCACAGAACAGCAGUUCCAUCCAGAGAUCUACAAAUCCACCAAGUGCAACGAUAUGCAGCAGUCGGGUAGCUGCCCCCGAGGACCUUUCUGCGCCUUUGCCCACAUAGAACCGCCGCCACCCUUAAAUGAUGACAUGCAGCCUUCCUCAGCUGUAUCCAGCCCCACCCAGGCGGGUCCUGUUUUGUACAUGCCAUCUGCUGCUGGAGACUCGGUCCCUGUGAGCCCCUCCAGCCCGCAUGCCCCUGACCUCAGCGCCCUCCUCUGUCGGAACAGUGGCCUGGGCAGCCCAUCUCACCUCUGCAGCUCCCCGCCAGGCCCCAGCAGGAAGGCCUCCAACCUGGAGGGCCUGGUCUUCCCCGGGGAGUCCAGCCUUGCCCCUGGCAGCUACAAGAAAGCUCCUGGCUUCGAGAGGGAGGACCAGGUGGGAGCAGAGUACCUGAAGACUCUCAAGUGCCAGGCUAAACUGAAAACCCAUUCGCUAGAGCCCAGGAGUCAAGAGCAGCCUCUGCUUCAACCCAAACAGGACGUGCUGGGCAUCCUCCCUGUGGGCAGCCCCCUGACCUCAAGCAUCUCUUCCAGUAUCACCUCCAGCUUGGCAGCCACCCCCCCAAGCCCUGCAGGCGCCAGCAGCGCCCCUGGCAUGAAUGCAAACGCUCUGCCCUUCUAUCCCACCAGCGACACGGUGGAGUCGGUCAUAGAGUCUGCCCUGGAUGACCUGGACCUAAACGAGUUUGGAGUAGCCGCCCUGGAGAAGACUUUUGAUAACAGCACAGUGCCCCACCCCAGCAGCAUCACAAUCGGUGGCAGUUUGCUGCAGAGCUCUGCACCCGUGAACAUCCCUGGCUCCUUGGGCAGUUCGGCCUCCUUCCACUCUGCUUCUCCGUCCCCUCCUGUCAGCCUCUCCUCACAGUUCCUGCAGCAGCCCCAGGGCCCCUUGAGUCAGUCAGAAAACACAUUUUUGGGGACCUCAGCAUCACAUGGAUCUUUGGGUCUGAACGGGAUGAACAGCAGCAUCUGGGAGCAUUUUGCCUCUGGAAGCUUCUCCCCAGGCACUUCCCCUGCCUUCCUAUCAGGGCCAGGGGCUGCUGAGCUGGCCCGGCUUCGGCAAGAGCUAGAUGAAGCUAACGGCACCAUCAAGCAGUGGGAGGAGUCCUGGAAGCAGGCCAAGCAGGCUUGUGAUGCCUGGAAGAAGGAAGCGGAGGAGGCUGGUGAGCGAGCCAGUGCAGCCGGAGCUGAGUGUGAGCUGGCCCGGGAGCAGCGCGACGCACUGGAGCUGCGGGUAAAGAAACUGCAGGAGGAGCUGGAGCGGCUGCAUGCUGGGCCAGAAGCCCCAGCUCUGCCAGCCGCCCCUGACCUGGAGGCGCUCUCCCUCUCCACCCUGUACUCGCUCCAGAAGCAGCUGCGGGUCCACCUGGAGCAAGUGGACAAGGCCGUGUUCCACAUGCAGUCGGUGAGAUGCCUUAAGUGUCAGGAGCAGACCCGGGCAGUGCUGCCGUGCCAACAUGCUGUGCUGUGUGAGCUCUGUGCUGAGGGCAGCGAGUGCCCUGUCUGUCAGCCUAGCCGGGCCCAUGCCCUCCAGUCGUGACCCUGCAGACCUGGCCCAGCUGGGCCCAGACCUUUUCACCUAGGACUUUUUAAAGUAUAUAUAUGUAUGUAUGUAUGUAUGUACGUAUGUAUGUAUAUGUAUAUGAUUAUGUACAUGUAUACAUUUCUGUGUGCGGGUGUGCGUGGUGCCAGCGUGUGCACAGUGUCUGUGUGUAUAUCUGGACAUAGAUAUAGACACACACUUUAAAACAGAUUUACCAAGCACUUUUUAAAGAAAAGACUAUUUUGCAGUCCAUUCCCCAACCUUCCUGCUCAGAGACAAAGUCCCCUCUUUUCCCACUGGCCUUUUGGCAGUGAAUAUGUUUUUGUCUCUUUUUUUAUGUAAGAACUAACUAUUUUUAACUUCUUUCUGGGGCCAGAGCAUGGAAGGAUGGGAAGUUGGAAGGGCAGGCUCCGUUCACCCUGCAUUCCAGGCCAGGGUCUAUAUCACAGUGUGGACUCAGGUCCCCAGUUCCCAGCUGUGAGGGCUUCAGGGCCCAAAGCUCUAAAGCCAGCCUAGCUCCUGGGUUUACCAAAUAUAUUUAACCCUGGGGACAGCCACGGAACUGGCAGGCCAGAGCUGCAGGCUAGCCCCUCCCACACGUGGGUCCUAGACCUAGUUCUGUCUGUCCCUCGGGAUCUUGAAGUCUAGGCCUCUCCUUGAUCAGCCUCUUUGGCCCCACAGUCACCUGCCAGGCUGGCACUGCCCUCCCUGUCCCUGCCUCCUUCCCUCUGGCACAUGGCUGCAGGGCCGGUGGCUCCCUCCCUCUGGCAGCUAGCAGGGCGAUUGUUGGGAGGAGUGCAGUCUGAGGACCAAGGGGGCUCAAGCCCUGCCCUUCUUGCUGGGAGGAGUUGUGUGCAUUCCGUGGUGCUCUUUGAGUGCAGCUGACGUACUGCCGUUCCGGGCAGACGCCUGUGUGCGUGUGUGUGCGUGCCUGUCCAAUGUAUAUUGUGUUAGCUUCAAUUUUAAGAAUUGUUAUGUACAGAGAUGCAGUGGAAUGGGAAAGCAGAGUGGGCAGAGGGAGGCAGCCCUGUUCCCAGCACUGGGUGUCCAGUGGCUAUAGAGGGCUACAAAAAAAUCUGCCCCAGCCCAGGCCCCUCCCUUGGGCUCAGCACGAAAGGGCUUUCAAUGAAUUAAGUGAAAACUUUCUCCUUUUUUACAAAAAUGCAAAAAUCAACAAACUUAUUGGAAAUAAACUAUG